ACUUUUCCUGUCAGCGUGUGUCGCUUUGCUUCCGUCUGUGUCCCGCGUGCGCUCUCCUUCCUGCUUUCAUUCAUGUUCAUCUACACUCCAGAUGCUAACUCACACGCGGAGCUAAGCAGCUACUUCGCAAUGCAAGCUGGUCUCAAACCGACUUCAGACUCCGUCAUGAGAACGAGUGCAGAUCAGAUCAGUCAGUGACCCCCCCCAUGGAUCAGGCAGGAGCCCCUCAGGGUCCAAACAGGAGCUCCUCCAGCUCUCCGCUGAGGCCCCCCACCGUUCUAAAGCAGCCGAGACCUGAGAGCAGCCAGAGGUUGACAGUGACGCCGUUCCACCGCUCGGCUGUGAUCAGCAGUGAUGCAGCUCUCUACAGAAAACGCAUGGCGGGAAAACAUGGAGGUCCAUUUCUGGGCGCUCUCCUGAGAGAACCACCCCCGAGCUCCUCCCCCUCUCUUUGUGCCUCCACUGACACCCAAAGUGGAAGUUCAGAGAGACCAAACGUCAGCUUGGGUUCUGCUCAGAACGUAAAGAAAACAGAAACUCCAGUCCAGGGACUAAAGUCACUUGUGAAGGACCCAGAGAAGCCCAACAUCCCACUGCCCCAUGGCCCAAAGCGCAAAGGGGGCGGAGUUUCCACCUCCAUCAAAGCUCCUGCAGCUGUGAAGAAGAAAAAGAGGAAAAUGGGAUUGUACAACCUGGUUCCCAAGAAAAAGACCAAGGCCUGUAGACCCCAUGAGAAGAAAGAAGAGAAGAAGCCGUCCGGAGCCAAAGAGACGGUUCACACAAGAUCAAACACUGGAAACAUUGCCCAGGAUCCAGCUGCCGUGAGCGUGGAGCGGUCGGAGCGGGCGGAGGCCAGCCUCGCUGAGUACACGGAGCUGGCUCUGGACUGCCUGGACCUGAAGGCCCAGGAAGAGCUUCUCUCGCCUCCUCUUUCAGGAGCGGCUGGAGGUUCUCUGGAGACGGACGCGUUCCUGGCUGAGGAGUUACCGCUGUGCUGCUGUCGAAUGGAGACGCCCAACAGCGUGGGAAGCACAUCCACCCUGGAUCAAACCUGCAUGGCGACAGAGAGCGCGGACGGAGUGCUGAGUCGGUGUCAGAGGCCGGUGAUGAAGAUGGAAAUGAUGCGACCCUCCAACAUGGUCCACCUGCUGGUUCUGUGCGAGGACCACCGGGCCGGCAUGGUCAAGCACCAGUGCUGCCCCGGCUGUGGGCUCUUCUGUAGGACGGGUUCGUUCAUGGAGUGCCGGCCGUACGGCAGCAUCUCCCACCGCUUCCACCAGGCCUGCGCCUCCGUCCUGAAGGGCCGCAGGUUUUGUCCCCACUGCGGAGAGGACGCUGGCGGAGCCAAAGAGGUCGUCGUGCCCAAGUCUGAGCCGGAGCCGUCUGUACCCAGAACCACCCCGGGCCCCUCGCUCCCCGCGGUGGCAAGCUUGCCCUCCAUCCCCGCCGCGCCCGCCGUCCCUCAGGUUCUCCGAGCCAAGAAGAGCAGUGAUCUGCAGAGGAGCAGAGAGGACAGCCCCAGCAGCAGGUUGAUGGACGAGGCCUCAGAGAAACUUCCAAAGGAGACGCUGGAGAGCAUUCUGAUGGCUCUAGACGACCAGAACCUGAAACCAAAGACGGUGAAGUUCCCUGCCCGACAGCUGUACCUCUCUGCAAAGCAGGGAGACCUGCAGAAGGUCAUCCAGCUUUUAGUUGAUGGGAAGGAUCCCAACUUUGUGAUGGAGGGCCAAAGCAGACGCACCCCCCUUCACGCUGCGGCCGCCGGGGGUCACCAGGAGAUCUGCCACAUGCUAGUCCAGGCUGGAGCCAACAUGGACGUGUUUGAUAAGGAGCACCGGACGCCGCUGAUGUCUGCGUGCGAAAACAACCAUCUGGACACGGUGAAGUACCUGCUGCGGGCUGGAGCCGCUGUCAAUCACAAGGACCUGAUGGGGUUCACUUGUCUGCAUUUGGCAGCUAAACUGGGACAUUAUGACAUUGCCCAUCAUCUGGUCUCCAAAACAUCUAAACACAUCAACUGUCAGGACGAUGGAGGAUGGACUCCCAUCACCUGGGCCAUUGAGUACAAGUUCAAAGAGCUGGUCUUUCUGCUUCUGGCUAAAGGUGCUGAUGUCAACAUCAGAGACAAGGAGGAGAACGUCUGCCUUCACUGGGCGGCUUUAUCCGGCUGCGCGGACAUAGCUCAGGCUCUGCUGGAGGCGCGGUGUGACCUGAACGCCAUCAACAUCCACGGGGACACGCCCCUUCACGUUGCUGCCAGAGAAAACCACCUGGAGUGUGUGAUACUGUUCCUGUCUCGAGGGGCUGACGUCUCUCUGACCAACAAGGAGGGGGACACGGCUCUGGACUGCUGCUCCUGCGGCUCCAAGGUUUGGACGGCCCUCAACACCAACAAGAAGCUGACUGAAGCCAGGAGAGGGCGGGAGAGGCAGGGAGAGCGGCUGCUCUGCAGGGACAUUUCUCGGGGUUACGAGGCCGUUCCAAUAACCUGCGUUAACGCCGUUGACAACGAGCCGUGUCCCGACAACUUCAAGUACGUCCCAGACAGCUGCGUUACCUCCCCUCUGAACAUCGACAAGGACAUCACUCGCUUGCAGCACUGCGGCUGCGCAGACGACUGCUCCUCCAGCUCCUGCAUGUGCGCACAGCUCAGCCUGAGGUGUUGGUACGACAGCGACGGCCGGCUGCCUCUGGACUUCUGUCAGUUUGAGCCCCCGGUUCUGUUUGAGUGUAACCACGCCUGCUCCUGCUGGAGGUCCUGCAGGAACCGUGUGGUUCAGAACGGGCUGAGAGUCCGUCUGCAGCUCUUCAGGACGGAGAAGAUGGGCUGGGGAGUCCGCGCCAUGCAGGAUAUUCCUCAGGGAACGUUCGUUUGCGAGUACGUGGGAGAGAUCAUCCGGGACACCGAGGCCGACAAAAGGGAGAACGACUCUUUCCUCUUCACUCUCGACAAUAAGGUGGGAGACAUCCACUGCAUCGAUGCCAAGACCUUUGGCAACAUCGGCCGCUUCAUCAACCACCUGUGCGAGCCCAACCUGCUGGCUGUGCGGGUGUUCACCACGCACCAGGACCUGCGCUUCCCCAGGAUUGCCUUCUUCUCCAGCCAGCCCAUCAAAGCUGGGCAGCAGAUCGGGAUCGAUUAUGGAGAGAACUACUGGAGGGUGAAGAGCAAAUACUUCAGCUGCCAGUGUGGCUCCGUGAAGUGUCGCCACUCAGCUGCUGGCAGAUAAAAGUGAGCUUAUUUCAACAAAACACUCACUGGUCUUUCUGCAGAGGUGGAUGAGGACGUGAUUUUUAUAUGACCUGGUGAAUAAAGUUCUUUAAAAGUGUU